AUGUCGUCCAACAGCAGCAAAUGGAGGAAAGCUCUGCUUCCUGCCCUUGGAAACCGUGGCAGAGUGCAUGACCCUACCAACCGCCUCCCCGCUUCUCGAACAGCCUCCGAUAUCAGUGUCACAGUUGCAAUUCUGCAGCACGAUGACGGACCUCCUCCUGGCUCUAUCGACGACGAGGUUGAUGAGAGAAUCAUCAGCGAUUUGUUGGAGACCACUGAUGAGAUCGAGAAUGAGAACCAAUCUGCCGACACCAGAAAGACCAAGGGGCUUGCUCACAGCCAAACUGUGGGCUUGAUGCCGUGCACAGAAAUCUCAAGUGUCGCUGGAUCACCUGUCAAAGCCCACAACAAGGUCACCAAGCAUGCCACACCACCCCGGAUCUCAUCGAAGCGCAACCUCCAAACCGUCACCCGUGACUUUUCUAGGUCAUCGCCGAAGCGAAGCCCAGACGAUAUGGUUCGACCUUUGCCCAAAUUCCGCUCAUCAAAUCUUCUUGGCCGCGAGACCCGUCGAGUCGCGCAGUCCCCAUCGCUGUCUCCCGGAAAACUCCAGGCCCACUGUCGUGGCAAAACCACAGUCCGAAAGAGCGGAACUUAUGUCGAUAAGACCAACAGUCCGUUGGCAUCUGUUUUGGCUGUCUCGGAUGACCUGUAUGGAAGCGUCGCGGACUCCGCCGACUUUGCCGCCCCCGCGAAAAUGUCCCGUCUCAAGAAGAACAAGGUCUUUGCCAAAUUUGCAAGUGCACUUUCGGAGCAUUUCGGCAGACAGGGAAUCCGAAAAGAGGAAAAGACUCGCGAUGGUGCCACUAGAUUGCUAUCUGUGUCCAGCAACGAAGUCAUCAAGCCGAUCAAAGAUGGUCUGCCUCUAGGUGGACUGACACUGGCCCGGCUGCCUCUGCCCGAUCUUGAGGCUUCUUCCACAUCCACCAAUUGUCACUCGAACGAGGAUUGCAUUUCAGAAAUGCAGAAAGGUAGUACCGCUGCGGAGAAACCCCCAACGGAGCUCUCGAUGCCUCAAAAGCGGCUCACGAUGGUAGAAGGCAGUCCGCAUCUGGAAGACCCUUUCUCGGAGGAGUCUCCAAAGCAGUACUCAACCGAGUUUGAAGCUUGUCUAAAGACAGUCAAGACUGUCGAGGGAAUCAUGGAUACGAGCGACAACUCAAUUUUGAAGACGCCUCCGACUGGUUGCUCUACGCCCAGAGUUCGAAGUCAAGAUUCGAAUUCUAUCCAAUUUCCCUCGAAAGGCACCCAGAUAGUUGCGGAUUCUGCAACUGAGACGGUCGUGGUUUCUUCUGGAGGACCAGCGACAAGCCCUUGGAAACAACGCAAGUUUGCUAUCAUACGUGAUAGCCCAACCAAACCCGGCACUUCAAAUGGAGUUGAUCAAAAGCAGAUUGGUUCGGGAUCGCCCACGAAGAGUAUUGGUUCUUCCGAUACAACGAGACUGAGUUCCUUUCCCCCGGGAUCUACCAUUCGACACGUGCCACGGUCAAUGGGCCGUCUGGCUGGAGCCCCCGAUUUGUCAAUGUCAGCAGCGGCCCGGCGAAAAUCGCCAAGGGUUGGACGGAAGAAGCACCCAUCUCCCAGCAAGGGAGAUCUUGACCUGUAUGGCAAAUUCAUGGAGGAGAGCAUUGGCCUCGGUGUGUUCAAGGACACUGACGAGCUUGCCAUGAGCCCAAUCUCUACCUCGACGACUAAUAGCGGCGCUCUCACACCUCGCGAUAAGAACAAUCGGCUUCAAGGCUCGGCCGGCCGCAACACUGACUUUUGCAAGGAUCAUAACCACGACUCGGGCUCCGGUAUGGUCGCAAGAUCCCGGAGCCGUAUUCCUCAGCCAGUAAGCCAGCGUGCUCGCUCUCGCGCGGAGAAGGCUUUUGCUCGAGACUUCUUGCCUGUCAACCACGGCGACUCUACCACGGAGGAUGAGCUGCAGUGGAACUCUUCUGCCUAUAUUGUAGGCCGUGGGCGUGGUAGUCGUUGCGACCGUUGUGGCAGCGUGUCGGAGGGUUUGUAA